GGCAAGCAACUGUUGCCUCUUCCUAUACAAAAAAGAAAGAGCUCUGAAGAAACACUGAACCAGAGUCCCCAUUUUUAACUCUUCCCCAAUGGAUGAUAAAUGCAGUGUUAAAAAUGCAUUCAAUAUACCUUCUCACUUUUUUGUACGGUUCAUGCGUUUGCCCAUUUGGCAGCCUAGCAGCGUUCCCACCUGCAGUCCAACACUCAUCAUUUCACAAGUAGAAAAUUCACAGAAAAUGAAAACCCCAAAAAGCCCAAGAAAGUGACAGAGCAACACCUUUCGUGGUCUGCCUAUUUAAGUGGUGUGGAGCUUUCUGGCUUUGUGGGUUCAAGCUAGAAAUCUUGUCUCUUGGGUAUUAUCUCUUCUUUUUUUUAAUCUUUGGUUAAUUUUGGCUUUGUGGGUUCAAGCUAGAAAAUGAGUUACUUGGGAGUUGGUGUUAGUCCUGGGAAUGUGCCUGUGUAUCAUGGUACCAAUUUGAAGGUUAUUGAUCGGAGGGUGAGGCUUGCGGAGCUGGUUUUGAGGUGUUUGAUAUGUGGCUUGGGAGUUGCUGCUGCUAUUCUUAUUGGGACAGAUACUCAAGUUAAAGAGAUCUUUACAAUUCAAAAGAAAGCUAGAUUUACAGACAUGAAAGCUCUGGUAUUUUUGGUGAUUGCAAAUGGGAUAGCAGCUGCCUAUUCCUUGCUUCAAGGAGUGCGAUGUGUUGUAGGUAUUGUUAGAGGAAGUGUUCUCUUCAGCAAACCAUUAGCGUGGCUAAUCUUUUCUGGGGAUCAGCCAUUUGUGCAGGUGAUGGCGUACGUAACAGUAGCAGCAGUUGCAGCUGCUGCACAGUCUUCAGUAUUUGCAAAGUUGGGACAACCAGAACUACAAUGGAUGAAAGUAUGCAAUAUGUAUGGAAAAUUCUGCAACCAAGUUGGGGAGGGAAUAGCAAGUUCACUGUUGGUGAGUGUUAGCAUGGUGGCACUGUCUUGUCUAUCUGCUUUCAGCCUCUUCCGCUUGUAUGGAGCCAAUAAGGGCAAGGGCAGCACAUGGUGGUAGGUUUAUGUAUCUACAAUCUCUGUUAAUUCAACCAUCUUUGCUCUUUGUAUCAUCUACUAAGGUUUUGGUGCUUCAGGAGGAUGCUGCCUCUAUGUAUGAAAUGUAGAAGAAAAACAGUGCUCUUUAUGACUGCCAUCUUUGUAAUAAAUCAAGGCUUUGUCAA